AUGGCGGUAUCUCAGGAAAAGGUCACGGUUUACAAUCUCGCCGACCUCAAAACCACGUCCGACGACGCGAUCCCCAACUAUCUCAACAGCCUGAAAUUCCGCCAGUCCCACCGCCUCACCGACGUCCGUCUCGCCCUGGGCUACUCGGCGCUCGCGCUCGCCGCCGCCUGCUUCGCCUGGGACUACAAGCUCGGCUUCGAGUCGACGAAGCACCUCACGGCCGCCGCCGUGGUCGUCUACACGCUGCUCAACGGCGCCCUGACCUUCUGGCUGUUCUACGUCGAGCGCGGGACCGUCUACGUCGGCACGGCGCCGUCGGGCGAGACGCUGCGCAUCUCGACCGCCACCAAGAAGAACGUGCCGACGUACCAUGUGACCGUCGAGGUGCAGCCGAAGAACGGCGGGAAGAAGGAGGUGCUGAAGAUCAGCCGGGCCUUUACCGAGUGGUUCGACGGCGCGGGCCACUUUGUGGCGGCCCCGUUCCAGAGCAUGCUGGCGAGUGCCGUGCCCGUGGUUGGCAAGCUGGAUCCGAAGAGGGCGGCUCCCCAAGAAAGCGCCAUGCCGGUGCCGGCGGCGUAUACACCUGAGAUGCUUGAUGUGCUAGCCAAGGCGAAUGCAAGCGUUGUUGGUUCGGCGGCGGAGGAGGCGACCGGCUCGGAGACGCCGGUGCCGAAGAAGGGGGGGAAGAAGAGGAGAGCAUGA